AUGGAAAACGACGGGACCCUGAAGAGAAAGGACACGACCAAAGGCCCACCUCUCCGGAUACUAUCGCUAGAUGGUGGGGGCGUUCGCGGCUACUCGAUGAUCAUCAUCCUCCAGGAAUUGAUGCACAGAACUUAUGUAGAAAUCGAAGGCAAAGCUCCGCGACGCGCCGAAAUUCCGAAGCCAUGCGACCACUUCGAUUUAAUAGUUGGCACCGGCACGGGCGGCUUGAUCGCGCUGAUGCUCGGGCGCCUGAGGCUGGAUUUGGAGCAGUGCAAGGAGCUGUACGUUCGCAUGACGCGGAUGGUGUUCGAGACAGACAAAACCUUUGCCGGAAUACCGUUCCGGCAUACCCUGUUCAAGGCUUCGAUGUUGGAGCAGGCCAUCAAGGAGGCUGUUAGGGAACACACUGUCGACGAGCAGGAAGGCAACGACGGCAGCCCGUCAAGCGUUGUCAGCCCGCUAUCGGCAACCGCAAGAUCAGGCGCCUCGGGGAGUGUUAGGCGGCAUCAGAGCAACGCCAGUGUGGUGAGCUUCAGUGCGCGAAGCCCAACGGCCCAAAUGGCGCGGCCGGUUUUCCGCGCUGGCUACGGAGACCCGGACGCGAAGCUAUACGACUCGCGAGAGAACAGGACCAAAACGGCCGUCACAGCCGUAUACAAAGGCACCCCGGUAGACCGCAAGACCGGUCGUGGACUGUCACCGCCUGCCAUGUUGCGCUCGUACGAUUCAAGGAAGGAGCCGGCACCAGAAUACGACUGCACCGUUUGGGAAGCGGGUAGAGCAACGUCCGCUAUUGAACUAGCUUUCAAGCCCAUCAAGAUCGGUCAGUCACUAUUCCUUGACGAUGGAGCUGGGUCUUUCAACCCGGCGCCGGAAGCGCUCGACGAAGCCACGGUGAACGAAUGGCCGGGCCGGGAAGUCGGCGUGUUCAUCAGUAUCGGAACUGGAAAGCGACCGAAAAGUGCAGGCCCAUCUUCGCAGGAGGAGAUCAUGAAACAUUUUAUGCCCUACCACGUGGAAGAAGGGAGGAAGAAAAUUGUCCUAAAGAUCGAGGGAUGCGAGAAGAUCCAUGAGGAGAUGAAGAAAGAAUAUCUGAUGAGGCGCGGUGUCAACGUCGAAAACUACUAUCGGUUGAACGUGGAGAUGGGUGUCGGCGAAUUUGGUAUGAACGAGUGGCACCGACUCUCCGAGAUCAGCACCGGCACGCGGAGAUACAUGUCCAGACCCGAUGAACAGAGGAUGAUCCAAGAGUCAUCUACAAAGCUGGCCAAGAUCCACAGGGCGAAACUGCGGUACGACAAGAUGAGCAACGUCCCCGAAAUUGUCUCAUCGGCGCCGUUGAACUCCAUCUCUUCUCCCCUCGCAGUAGAGCUUCCGGGAGAUUUCCCCCCCAUGUUCCCGAUGCAUAACACGCCGCCCAGCCGGCAGUCGUACGAUUCGGGCACAGACCGGCUUUCCCUACCGGGCUCGAAUGCUGGGCAAGGACCAAAUACACCAUCGCCACGCAGCUCCGGUGAACGCUCUCGCCCGGCAACCGGCGGCGCAUCUCCGGGCCCGCCACCAGCCAAACCCUUGUUCCAUAAGCCUUCUUCCCAAGCGCCUCUUAGUUCAGUUGCUGAGAAGCCUCUUCCUGACGAGCCAGACCGUUUCGUCGUCAAUGCCCCAACCCCAGCGCAGUACCGCACUGCAUCGGGAGCAGACAAAAUCUUCAUAACAGGCUCGGAUGAGUUGCCCCGGAAACAGAACCAACAGGUAGCGGCAAAACUGCAACCAAGAAUCCAUAGGAUAGAGCCACCGCCACUGCCGCCGAAGACGCCUCUUCUUGAAAACCAGGCUGGGCGCCGUCCAGGUACGACUGGCUCGCAGCCUCCCCCGUACCCGCUGGAUGACGACGCGCCGCCCCCCGCGGUCAAUUGGUCAGGGAAACCUAGGGGACGAUAG